AUGGGCGCACCAAGGCUCCGCGCGCCCGCGGCGGCGCUGGUGCUGCUGCUGUGCGCGAUGCUGGGGCGCGCGGGCCCUGUCGAGGGCAACCGCCGCGGCGGCCCGGGGGCACUCGGACAUCUUUCCGGGGUCGCCGCUGGGCGCCCGUGCCCCGCUCCCUGCCGUUGCCUCGGAGAUCUGCUGGACUGCAGUCGCCAGCACCUGGCGCGCCUUCCCGAGCCGCUCCCGUCCUGGGUCGCUCGACUAAAACUUGAACAUAGCCGGCUGAUUUAUGAGUCAGUUUGGAUCAGUGUCUUAAAACAGCUACAGCCUGGCUUUUUGCUUUUCAACCUUCCAGAUUUGGGACACAGUUUUAUGUUGGUUAAAUGCCCUUUAGUCAAGUUGGCCCAGAGAAGACUUUCUGUUGACCCAGGCUUACCUCCAGGUGAAGGGCUGUCUGCCUUGGUUGUUUUAAACCACGUGGGAAAUCUGGGACUGUCUGUGGUGCUAAAAGCACACAGGUUUUUUUGGAAACCUAACGUGAAUUGUUGGACUCACGGUUUCCUUGAUGAACUCCAGAUGGACUCAGUCAAUUUGAUUUCUUUAGCCGGAAACAGAAUUGUUGAAAUAGUGCCCGAACAUCUGAAACAAUUCCAGUCCCUCGAAACUUUGGACCUAAGCAACAAUAAUAUUUCCGUGCUUAAAAUGGCAUUUCCAUCCCUACAACUCAAGUAUCUGUAUAUCAACAGCAACCGAGUCACAUCCAUGGAACCUGGUUGUUUUGACAAUUUGGCCAACACACUCCUGGUGUUGAAGCUGAACAGGAACCGACUGUCAACUCUCCCACCCAAGAUGUUUAAACUUCCCCAACUGCAGCACCUUGAACUGAACCGAAACAAGAUUAAAAAUGUAGAUGGACUCACAUUUCAAGGGCUUGGUGCUCUGAAGUCUCUGAAAAUGCAAAGAAAUGGAAUAACAAAACUUAUGGAUGGAGCUUUUUGGGGGCUGAGCAACAUGGAAAUCCUGCAGCUGGAUCAUAACAACCUAACAGAGAUUACCAAAGGCUGGCUUUACGGCUUGCUGAUGCUGCAGGAACUUCAUCUCAGCCAAAAUGCCAUCAACAGGAUCAGCCCUGAUGCCUGGGAGUUCUGCCAGAAACUCAGUGAGCUGGACCUGGCUUACAAUCACUUAUCAAGGUUGGAUGAUUCAAGCUUCCUUGGCCUGAGCUUACUAAAUACGCUGCACAUUGGGAACAACAAAGUCAGCUACAUUGCUGAUUGUGCCUUCCGGGGCCUUUCCAGUUUAAAGACUUUGGAUCUGAAGAACAAUGAAAUUUCCUGGACCAUUGAAGACAUGAAUGGUGCUUUCUCUGGGCUUGACAAACUGAGGCAGCUAAUACUCCAAGGAAACCGGAUUAGGUCUAUUACCAAAAAAGCCUUCACUGGUUUGGAUGCAUUAGAACACCUAGACCUGAGCAACAAUGCAAUCAUGUCAUUACAAGGCAAUGCAUUUUCACAGAUGAAGAAACUUCAACAAUUGCAUUUAAAUACAUCAAGCCUUUUGUGUGAUUGCCAACUAAAAUGGCUCCCACAAUGGGUGGCGGAAAAUAACUUUCAGAGCUUUGUAAAUGCCAGUUGUGCCCAUCCUCAGUUGCUAAAAGGAAGAAGUAUUUUUGCUGUCAGCCCAGAUGGCUUUGUGUGUGAUGAUUUUCCAAAACCCCAGAUCACGGUUCAGCCAGAAACACAGUCGGCAAUAAAAGGAUCCAAUUUGAGUUUUAUCUGCUCGGCUGCCAGCAGCAGUGAUUCCCCAAUGACUUUUGCUUGGAAAAAAGACAAUGAACUGCUGCAUGAUGCUGAAAUGGAAAAUUACGCACACCUUCGGGCCCAAGGCGGCGAGGUGAUGGAGUACACCACCAUUCUUCGGCUGCGCAACGUGGAGUUUACCAGUGAAGGGAAAUACCAGUGUGUCAUUUCCAAUCACUUUGGUUCAUCCUACUCUGUCAAAGCCAAGCUUACUGUAAAUAUGCUUCCUUCGUUCACCAAGACACCCAUGGACCUUACUAUUCGCGCUGGUGCCAUGGCGCGCUUGGAGUGCACAGCUGUGGGGCACCCAGCCCCUCAGAUAGCCUGGCAGAAGGACGGGGGCACAGACUUCCCUGCUGCAAGGGAGAGACGCAUGCAUGUUAUGCCAGAAGAUGACGUCUUCUUUAUCGUGGAUGUGAAAAUAGAGGACAUCGGAGUCUAUAGCUGUACAGCUCAAAACAGUGCAGGAAGUAUUUCUGCAAACGCAACUCUGACUGUCCUAGAAACACCAUCGUUUUUGCGGCCUCUGUUAGACCGAAUUGUCACCAAAGGAGAAACAGCCGUCCUGCAGUGCAUUGCUGGAGGUAGUCCUCCCCCCAGACUGAACUGGACCAAAGACGACAGCCCCUUGGUAGUAACUGAAAGGCACUUUUUUGCAGCAGGCAAUCAGCUGCUGAUUAUUGUGGAUUCAGAUGUGAGUGAUGCUGGCAAGUACACGUGUGAAAUGUCUAACACCCUGGGAACUGAGAGAGGCAAUGUGCGCCUCAGUGUGAUCCCCACUCCCACCUGCGACGCCCCCCAGAUGACCGCCCCAUCAUUGAAUGACGAUGGAUGGGCCACCGUGGGAGUCGUGAUCAUAGCUGUGGUUUGCUGUGUGGUGGGCACGUCCCUCGUGUGGGUGGUCAUCAUAUACCACACAAGGCGGAGGAACGAAGAUUGCAGCAUUACCAACACAGAUGAGACCAACUUGCCGGCAGAUAUCCCUAGUUAUUUGUCAUCUCAGGGGACAUUAGCUGACAGACAGGAUGGGUAUGUCCCCUCAGAAAGUGGAAGCCAUCACCAGUUCAUCACUUCCUCAGGAGGCGGGUAUUUCUUACCACAGCAUGACAGUAAUGGGACUUGCCACAUUGACAACAGCAGUGAAGCUGACGUAGAAGCUGCCACGGAUCCAUUUUUUUGUCCCUUUUUGGGAUCCUCAGGACCCGUGUACUUGAAGGGGAAUGUGUAUGGUUCAGAUCCCUUUGAAGCCUAUCACACAGGUUGCAGUCCUGACCCAAGAACAGCUUUAAUGGACCACUAUGACCCGAGUCCCAUAAAGAAAAAGGAGUGCUACCCAUGUCCUUAUCCUACAGAAGAAACCUGCGAUCAUAGUGUCAGUAAUGUGGGAUUACCUUCACAUGUGAGGAAGCUGAUUAACUCUACUUACUCUCAAAAUGAAGGACCUGGAAUGAAAAACUUGUGUCUAAACAAGUCCUCUUUAUUAGAGUUUAGUACAAAUCCAGAAGCAGCAUCAGUUACUUUGAGUAACUCUUUCCUGGUUUCAAGAGUUGUUCUUGUAACUGGAAUUAUAAUUUUUUGA